GAGUACAGAGUAGUGGCCAUUGGUUGGGAUGAGUACGGAGUAGUGGCCAUUGGUUGGGAGGAGUACGGAGCAGUGGCCAUUGGUUGGGAUGAGUACGGAGCAGUGGCCAUUGGUUGGGAUGAGUACGGAGUAGUGGCCAUUGGUUGGGAGGAGUACGGAGCAGUGGCCAUUGGUUGGGAUGAGUACGGAGCAGUGGCCAUUGGUUGGGAUGAGUACGGAGUAGUGGCCAUUGGUUUUAGCAGUUAGUAGAUCAUUAGUGAGGUUUAGUAGGGCAGUGUCAGUGGAGUGUAACUAAGUGUUUUAAGAGUUUAGAGGUAAAUGGUAGCAGGGAGAUGGGUCUUAAGUUGUUCAGUUCGUUGGGGUCCAGGGAGGGCUUUUUAAGUAUGGGAGUGAUGUGUGUGUGCUUUAGGGGGGGGGAGGCA